AGAUGCUUUAACUGGUUAGAAAAUUACGUUUCCGAGUUGUUGAUGUGUGCAGGUAUGACAGUUUUUGUAGGAGACACGUGCAUGGCUUUCAGUCAUCCAGAGAAGAAAGAGAAGUUGCGAGAAAACAUCCAGGACGUACUCCCCAAUGUACCCAACCCUGAUGAUUAUUUUUUCCUGCGCUGGCUCCGAGCUCGAAACUUCGACCUGCAGAAGUCAGAAGCCAUGGUCCGCAAGCAUGUGGAGUUUCGGAAGAACAUGGACAUUGACCACAUUCUCGACUGGCAACCCCCAGAGGUGAUUCAGCAGUACCUGCCUGGGGGCCUCUGCGGAUAUGACCGGGAUGGCUGCCCCAUCUGGUACGACAUCAUUGGCCCCCUGGACCCCAAGGGGCUCCUCUUCUCCGUGACCAAGCAAGACUUUCUCAAGGCCAAGAUGCGGGACUGUGAGCGCAUCUUACGCGAGUGUGACCUGCAGACUGAGAGGCUUGGGAAGAAGAUUGAGACCAUCGUGAUGAUCUUUGACUGUGAAGGGCUGGGCCUGAAGCACUUCUGGAAACCCUUAGUGGAGACUUACCAGGAGUUCUUCAGUCUUCUGGAAGAGAACUACCCUGAGAGGCUCAAGUUUAUGCUCAUUAUAAAGGCCACCAAACUAUUCCCUGUGGGCUACAAUCUCAUGAAACCCUUCCUGAGUGAAGACACUCGCAGGAAGAUUGUUGUACUGGGAACCAACUGGAAGGAAGGUUUGCUGAAACUCAUCAGCCCUGAGGAGCUGCCUGUACAAUUUGGGGGAACACUGACAGACCCUGAUGGGAACCCCAAGUGUGUAACCAAGAUCAACUACGGAGGUGAGAUCCCCAAAUCCAUGUAUGUGCGGGACCAGGUAAAGACCCAGUAUGAGCACUCAGUGCAGAUUAGCAGGGGCUCCUCCCACCAGGUGGAGUAUGAGAUCCUCUUCCCUGGCUGCGUUCUCAGGUGGCAGUUCAUGUCAGAUGGGGCAGAUGUAGGCUUUGGGGUGUUCCUGAAGACCAAGAUGGGGGAGCGACAGAGAGCUGGGGAGAUGAUGGAGGUGCUUGCCAGCCAGAGGUACAAUGCACACAUGGUCCCUGAGGAUGGGAGCCUCACCUGCACUGAGCCUGGCGUGUAUGUCCUGAGGUUUGACAACACCUACAGCUUUGUUCACACCAAGAAGAUCAGCUUCACUGUGGAGGUGUUGCUCCCAGACGAAGGAAUGCAGAAGUAUGACGAGGAGUACACACCCAUCUAGCCAUUGGAACAUAAAGGGUUGGGGGGCAAGAGGGUCAGUCAAAGCAAGGGAAGAGAGUGGUGAGGAAUGGAUGACUCAUGCCACCCCCUAUUCACUAUGCUCUAUUAUUCACCUCUAUAAGUCACCUACAUGGUGGGAGGGGGGCAGUCUGUCAGUUAAUUAUACUCUCAAUUACCUCUUUUGGUUGGUUAAUUAUACAGUGACUGCCCAGUAGGUUCACUGAGUAGCCCUGUGAGCACAGUAGUCUGGGGGUAGGUGUUCCCUCAGUAAACUAUGCUGUCAGUUUCCCCAUAGACUCUCUUGGUUAUUGCUAGAGGUUAAUAACACCACUGGGUAGUUCUCUAGGUAAACUGUAAUCUGUCCAUUAUCUCUAGAGACUUUCUUAGCUGGGUCUACAUGAUAACUACACCCUUUGGGGUAGUUCUGUACAUUCAAUCAAUUUCCUCUUUGGACUCUAUCCAUUAUUUCUGUAGAUUAAUCUCACUUUGUUGGACAACUCUAGAGUUAAUUACGCUCAGUUUAGGGGAGGUGGGCUCUGUAGUUUACUUGGCAAGGUCAGUUCUCCUCAAUCAAUUGCCCUUUGCCAAUUUCCACUGGUCAAUUUCCCUCUGUCAAUUCUCCUCUGCCAAUUUCCUUGGUCAGUUCCUCUCUGUCAGUUGCCCUCUGCCAAUUUCCCUUGUCAAUUAUCUGUCAGUUCCCCUUGGACAAUUCUCUUCUGUGAUUCUCCUCUGCCAAUUCCCUAGUCAGUUUUCUUGGUUAUCUCUAGAGGUUAAUAACAGUGUCAGUUACUUCUAUAGGUUAACUUAGCAAGGUCAGUUUCCCUCUGUUAAUUCCCCCUAGACAAUUCUCUUCUGUCAAUUCUCCUCUGCCAAUUCCUCUCAGUCAGUUUUCUUGGUUAUUUCUAGAGGUUAAUGACAAUGUCAGUUACUUCUGUAGGUUAACUUAGCAAGAAGUUUCCCUCUGCUAAUUCCCCUUGGUCAGUUCUCUGUCAAUUCCCUUCUGCCAAUUCUCCCCAGUCAGUUUUCUUGGUUAUCUCUAGAGGUUAAUAACAGUAUCAGUUACCUCUGCAGAUUAACAACUAACUUGGCAACUUGGUUGGUUGAUUACCUCGCAUAGGCUGUCUCUCUAGGUUAAUUGUGCACUGUCUGUUACAGCAAUCAGUUAAGCGUACACUGUGGGUUUUCUCUAUGGCUUAUCUAUAUCAUACUGGGUUUUUUACUUUGUGGGGGGUCUCUGUAGGUUAACUGCACUAGACAGGCCAAAUGCCCCGUCUCUCCAGGACUCUUUCUCUCCACUUCCGAAAGUCCUCUCCACCAGACCUUGAUUUUUCAGGCUUCAUUCCACUUAAAUGGCUUCCCCUGCCUAAGUAUAUGGUCUCCUCUCCACUGAAUCCCUCCCUGAGUGGGUGGAGGGAGCUCUCUGUAGGAAAAGGGGUGGAAGGCAAGGUGAUCUUGGGAUGAAAGUGAAUGCUCGUGACAACUCCAUGGAAAACCAACCUGGAAGGGCCUAGGAUGAGGCCUUCUCCAAGAUGCCCAAGCAACCCCCCCAAAGCUUAGCACCCUAGCCCAGCAUAGAUUAAACUGAUGAAAUAAUAUUGUGAAUUGGUUACACAGUGGUGGGAAAAGAGAUUCCUGGGCAGCUCAGCCUUAAUUAUCCCACCUCCCCCACCCUCUGCCUGCCAGAUCUCACCUCCACUUCUAGUGACAUAGCAACACUAAAGGAGGUCAAAGACAUGGAGUUCUGUAGAAACAUAGAUCAUUACAGCUGGGAGGAAUUCUAGACAGAGCUCAUCAGAGCUGGGGGGAUGGGGGUAGAACACGGAAUGUCAGAGGUAGGAUGAGUCUUUGGAAAAUAGAUUUGGAGCCGGGAGGGACCUUAAAGAACUCUGGCCAACUCCCUUUUUUAUGGAGGAGGAAACUGAGGCAAGGAGAAGGGGAAGAGACUUAUUCAAGGUCCCCCAGCCCCUUUCUCUAUAUACAAACAGUAAGGGUUAGCUGCACAGGCAAAGCAGUAGACGGAUGAUUGAUUGAUGUGUUCAAGGAUUACGAAGCAAGUGGGAGAUUAUGAAGGGGGCGGGAGGAGAGGGGAGGAGGGAGGAGAGAUGAGGGAAGCCCCCGGAGCCCAGGGGCUGGGGCUGAGGAGCCUUUCCAGCAGAGGUGUGAACCAAUAAAGAACCCUGUGUGUGAA